UUAUAUCAGUGUUGAAUUGGAUGCACUGCCCCCACCGCGUCGCUCCAAAAAUGGACUCGCGUUUUCCAAAUCGAUGGAAUGCUUUUCUCUUCAGAAGCUUCUCACUUCCAAAGGCCUGAGGGGAUACUAACCAUACCGAGUAAUCUUUGACUAGACUAAUAUGGUCGAAAAACAGACAAGAAAAUUCCACCCGCUGUCGCAGUACACUGAAUCUCCACAUGGAAAAUAAUGCACUCCUGUCAUAUUAUUGGCAGAACCAGCUGACUCUGCCUUCCACAGGCCACAGGCUUGAGAGUUGAGUAGCACCAUGCAUAUACGGCAAGUCAGCAUCAGAGUUGAACAUCAUCCGGGCAGCCAAAUUCAGUGCAUCGAAUGGCGUCCUCUUCUUUGACCAUGAGCGGUGCCAGGGAUUAAUCUGCGCCAUCGGAUGUCCCAUCGGACCGCCUGGAGCCCUGGACGCCGCCUUCCUGGAGGUUCAGAACUUGAGAAGAUUCAUUCAUCCACAUGGCCGACUCCAUGAGUCCAUGGCUGACGUUAGAGCAUGCGUCACUGGCAAGAGGUGACCAAGUUGAUACGCUGCACCCGUUCCAACGUCAGCUCGUCAACUCGACUUAGGAAGAUAUAGCACCAGGUGCUAUAUACACACAACGGUUGCCAUUGCACCGCCUCCAAGCCCUCCCAGCUUGACAAACUCCACUAGCACUUUUGCUGCCACAGCCGAUCAGCCAUGACCUUUGCAGGAAGCGGCGAUGGGGAGAGCGGCUCCGAGAGGGCGCACUUCGUGCUGGUACCGAUGAUGGCUCAGGGCCAUACCAUCCCCAUGACCGACAUGGCACGCCUGCUGGCAGAGCAUGGUGCGCAGGUCAGCUUCAUCACCACGCCGGUAAACGCUGCUAGGUUGGAGGGCUUCACCGCUGACGUGAAGGCGGCGGGCCUGGCGGUUCAGCUUGUGGAGCUCCACUUCCCGGCAGCGGAGUUUGGCCUACCGGACGGGUGUGAGAACCUCGACAUGAUCCAAUCAAAGAAUUUGUUCCUGAACUUCAUGGAGACCUGUGCCGCGCUUCAGGAGCCGCUCAUGGCAUACCUCCGUGAGCAGCAGCGCUCGCCUCCUAGCUGCAUCAUAUCUGACAUGAUGCACUGGUGGACCGGCGACAUCGCAAGGGAGCUCGGCAUCCCGAGGCUCACCUUCAGUGGCUUUUGUGGCUUCUCGUCCCUUGUCAGGUACAUCAUUUUUCACAAUAAUUUAUUGGAGCAUGUCACAGAUGACAAUGAGCUCAUCACGAUCCCGGGGUUCCCUACACUGCUAGAGUUGACGAAGGCUAAGUUGCCUGGAACCCUUUGUGUUCCGGGUAUGGAGCAAAUCCGUGAGAAGAUGUAUGAGGAGGAGCUGAGAUGUGAUGGUGAGAUCACUAAUAGCUUCAAAGAGCUCGAGACAUUGUACAUUGAAUCUUAUGAGCAGAUAGCAAGGAAGAAGGUCUGGACGAUCGGGCCAAUGUGCCUCUGCCACCGAAACAGCAACACAACGGCCGCAAGAGGAAACAAGGCGCCAAUGGAUGAGGCACAGUGCUUGCAAUGGCUUGAUUCAAGGAAGCCAGGCUCAGUGAUCUUUGUGAGUUUUGGAAGCCUUGCUUGCACUACACCACAACAAAUUGUUGAGCUGGGACUGGGACUCGAAGCCUCCAAGAAACCGUUUAUUUGGGUGAUCAAAGCAGGACCUAAGUUUCCAGAAGUCGAGGAAUGGCUCGCAGAUGGGUUCGAGGAGCGUGUCAAAGACAGAGGCAUGAUCAUAAGGGGCUGGGCGCCACAGGUGAUGAUCCUGUGGCACCAAGCCAUUGGAGGAUUUGUGACACACUGUGGGUGGAACUCAACAAUAGAGGGCAUCUGUGCAGGUGUGCCCAUGAUCACAUGGCCACACUUUGCAGAGCAGUUUCUGAAUGAGAAGCUGGUGGUGGAUGUGCUGAAACUUGGGGUAGAGGUUGGAGUGCAAGGAGUUACACAGUGGGGAAGUGAACAACAAGAGGUUAUGGUUACCAGAGAUGCUGUGGAGACAGCAGUGAACACCCUGAUGGGUGAAGGGGAGGCUACAGAGGAGUUGAGAAUGAGAGCAGAAGACUGCGCCAUUAAGGCAAGGAGGGCUUUCGACGAGGAAGGUUCUUCUUACAACAACGUAAGGCUGUUAAUUCAAGAAAUGGAAAACAAGACGAAUGCAUGUGGUUGAUAGAGAUUACCUAAGCUCGCUUUUUCGGUGUAAACAUGAAGUGAAACAUCCUAGAGUACAUAUAUCAUCAUAUAGAAUUUUGUACCAGGCUCACAGGUGAUUAUUUAGAGAUUAUAGAUGAUCCAAAUGAAGGGAAUAUCAAUUAUCCUCUCUAUUAUGUA